AUGAAUGCAGACUUCAAAGUGCUGCCUUUUGGUCUUGGUGAAUGCAUUCAAUGUUUUGAAGAACUCUGGCCAGAUGACAAGCAAGAAAAAUGUAUUCCCAAAAUCAUAGAUUUCCUUUCUUUUGAAAAUUCCUUUGGCAUAUUACUGACUGCUUUAUCAGUUACCACUUCUAUUCUGACAUUGUCCAUCCUUUCCAUCUUUGUAAAAUUCCAAAAUACUCCAGUUGUAAAAGCUAACAACCGCUCACUCAGCUAUCUUCUACUUGUUUGUCUCACAUUGUGUUUUUUGACAUCAUUGCUAUUUAUUGGACUUCCAACAAAAAGCAUCUGCCUCCUCCGUCAGAUUGCUUUUGGUGUAAUCUUUGCUGUUUGUGUUUCCUGUAUCCUUGCCAAAACUGUCGUUGUCUUCAUUGCCUUUAAUGCCAAAAGGCCAACCAGCAAACUAAGGAAAUAUGUGGGAUCGCGAUGGUUACCCAUUUCCAUUGUUUUCUUUGGCUUCCUAUUUCAGCUUAUUAUUUGCACAGUAUGGUUGUCUACUGCUACUCCAUAUGCACAGAAAAAUAUGGAAUCUGAAGCUGGAAAAAUUGUAUAUGAGUGCAAUGAAGGUUCGGUAGUAAUGUUCUACCUCAUGCUAGGAUACCUGGGCCUUCUGGCUAGUGUGUGCUUUGUACUUGCAUUCUUGGCUAGAAAUUUGCCAGAUACAUUUAAUGAGGCAAAAUAUAUAACAUUCAGCAUGCUUGUUUUCAUAAGUGUUUGGCUUUCUUUUAUCCCUGCAUAUCUGAGUACCAAAGGGAAGUACAUGGCUGCCGUAGAGAUAUUUGCCAUCCUGGUUUCCAGUGCUGGCUUACUUAUUUGUAUAUUUAUUCCUAAAUGUUGCACUGUUUUGCUAACACCUGCUAUUAACACCAAAAGAAAACUGACAAUGAGACAAUAA